AUGGCGUGUAACAUUAAAAAAACCUACUCUGGAAGUGGAAGCCGUCUCCAGGAGGUUUCCCAAUGGGAAAGAACCAGAGUAACGCGUUACCGCCCUAAAAAGAAUAAGUCCAUACAAAACUACCAACAGACCAUGAGUGCAGUAACUUAUGGAACCGAUAUACGCUUAAAUAAUAAUAAUAAUAGAGAACUACUAGGCCAAUAUAAAGAGUUGAAGAUCAGUGGAGACAACUUACGAAAACAGAGUAGAAAUUGUGGACGAUACCCAAAUUGUAGUCGGUGCCAGACCCUCCCUUCCACUCACAAUACUCAAUGCUUAAUGGUACAAAAGAAUUUAAGAGUGAACAAGUCAAACAACUAA